GCCAACGAUGCAGACGCGUCCGCUCCGGCAAAAGUCAACUCGUAUUUAACUGUAACUGCAAACUGUAACUGAAACUGUAUCUAGUGCACAGUGGUGCCAAAGUCAAAGUUUUCGGUGUGUGUCAGUUGUCGAAAGUGCGUGUGCUUCCUGAUCCCGAGCUUUGCAGCUCGUUUGUUUUCUAUUGCUGUUGCUAAUAAGUUGUUGUAGUGCCUUCAACUGGAAGAUACAUACAAUAACCUCAAGUAUAUACAAAAGGAAAAAAAUAAAAAUAACAGCUAGUGAAAUUUUUUGUUAAACGCGUUCAUUGCACCGCUCAUUGGCUCAACGGAUUUCUCGACCUCCCCUUCCCCGCCCGUCGCGCCGUCUGAAGCGCCCCUCGAUCGUCGUUCGCCGUCGACUGCUAAUUCCGCAAAUUAAACAAAAUUAAAACAUUAAUUGAGCCAAAGCGGUGAAAGAGAGAAAUAGCAUCAGCCGCUGCCCACUUGCAACAAUUUGAGCUGUGUAGCGUUUCCCAAAAUAAACUCAGAAGAAGAGGCAGUAAAAAGCGGCAGAUAUCUGUUUCAUAUAUUGUUGUUGCUGCUGUUUAUGGCAUUUCGGCUAUGACGCGAAGCAUGCAACUAUUCGCCAUUAGGCUGGGAUUGGUCCUCUUGGCCACAUCCAGCUAUGCGCAAACACAACAGGAAUCCAACUCAAAAUGGUCACGGCAACUGGAGUCUGUGGGUCCCUCCGAUACGGAUUCCCUCGACUGGGUGCCACUCGCUCAGCCGCUAGAUGAGAGUGGCAAGGACCGUUCCGGCAAUGGACGUGUGCUCACCUAUUCGCAAUCCUUUCCGCCCAGCGCACGUUUCGGCGAUCUGACCAAGCCAACUGGCUCACAGUUCGACUUCCCUUAUCAGUUCCAACGCUACCCUAACGCAGCCGGUGCCCAGGCACUGCCACUGCGUCAUCAGGGACCACCACCACCGCAACUGAAGGCAGCCGCCUCACAGGAGCCCACCUCACAGUCGUUCUUCAAGUUCGAGAUGCCCUUCCAUAAUGAGGCUGGCCAGCCACAGUCUCCGCCCACGCUGCAGACUGGCUAUCAGAUUCAACACUCCUUUGGCUCUGGUGGUACCACUGGCUUGAGUGCCCCCUCCUCAAUCUUUAGCCCUCCCUCGCUGUUCGGUCAGCAGCCGCAGCAGUUCUCGGAUUUCGCAGCGCUGCCGCAGAAACCCUUCGCCCAGGCCUUGAGCAAGCCUCUGCAUCAGCAGAACUACGUUCAAGACUCGCUGCCUGUUAAGUCACAUGGCAAACCGUUGCCCACCCAGGCAUCGCUGCAGAGCGUCACCCCUCAAGUCUUUCCCGUGGAUCCCGAGCCAGAGACCGUGUUCGGUUUGAACAAACCCGCAUCGCAAGCAGUGGGAGCCGCCUCAACCAAUGCGGGCAACUCGCAGCAGGAAGUGCAGUUGCUCUAUGUGCCCUACGACACGCUCUACAAUCAGCAACGUCAGCCACAGAGUCCAUCCUCCUCUAGCCUGGGAGCGAGCAGUAGUUUCGAUGUGAACAAGUUCAAUGUAAACGGCGGUCUGCCCGCUGUCAAUCCCUAUCAGAUCAAUCAGUUCUACACACAGGACCCCAGUGUGGGCAACAGUUUCUUUAACGGCGGCACCACAACACGUCCAAGCACCACAACAUCACAACCACAGCACAUUUUCCAGAGCUUUGGCCAGCCACAACCGCAAGCGCAACCGCAGUUCACAACCGCCAAACCCAAGCCAAAGGCUCAUCAACCACCUUUAGCCAUGUUCCUGCUGCGUCCCAAUUCUCGACCCACUCAGUCGGAUGUGGUUGCUGCUCUGCGCAGUGCUCACAGCAUCUCUGUGAUUGAUGCACCCACCAAGCAGACACCCGAGAUCUUCGUUGGCCCCGCUGGCAUGCCGAUUCCAGAAGGUUAUGUCAAGUUCGAUCUGCCGUAUCUAUCGCAAUUGACGCACUCGCGCGACCUCAAUGAUGUUUCCUUCUUUGUGGCGCCUCUCAGCUACCGCACACCUAACGGCUUCAACAAGAUUCUGCUACCCGAACCUCAUGUGGGGUCAAUUGUCAUCAAUCGGGCCAAGGACAUCCAAGAGUUGGUUCAACCCCAGCAACAGCAACAGCCACAGCCUCUGCCGCAACCUGUUCGCUCUCAACGUCCUUACACUCCACCAGUGGCCAGCACACGUAAUCCAUUCGAGACCUCGACCCAAGCUCAACGAGUGACAGCCAGUCCCACGCCCACCAGAGGCAACAAGUUUAGCUACUACUACGUGCAGGACGGCAUUCAGGAGGUCAACUCUCCCAAGCUGCCCGCCAAGCAGGAGCGCCACAAGAAGAAGCGUCCACAACACGUCCAGCAGCCCGUUGAGCAGACUGUUUAUCGUGCGCCCGCCAAAACGCAGAAUCCAUUCGAUACACUCAACCAAAUUGGAGGCGAUGAUUUCUUCAGCACACUCAGCACGAAACCCAGCUCUACAUCGACGACUUCCACCUCUACUUCGACUACAACUACGUCAACCACCUCGACGACGGCGCCACCUCAGACGCUCUUCACCUACGGCUCUCACCCACAGGUCGAGUUCCCCAGCUCUAAUGGCCAACUGUAUCCCCAGUUCGACACCGCAUCACACCAACAGCAACAGCAACAGAUACAAGAGCAGCUGCCACGUCUCACCACUCGUCCGCCAACAUCUACCACCGAGGAGGAGCAACGCAUGAAGCAAUACUUCCGCCAGCAGGAUGCCUUCCGUCAGCGGCCACAGACCACAUCUCCACCCUUUGAGCAGGUGCAAUACACGCCAACCUCUUUGGACUUUGAUGCACCAGUGCCAACUACACAGAAAACCAAACAACGUGUGACCAUCUACACGCCGGGAGCAGUGCCUGUCACCACCUCAGAUGUGGGCUACAAUGUAGAUCCCCAAGCGCAGGCGCCACUCAAUCACCGUCCUAGCUACAACCAGAACGAGGUCAUCGACGGCCCCAAUGUAGAGUAUGAGCCCAAUCCUUAUCAUGUGCCCUCCGAGCUGCCCCCUCUGACUCCUGACAUUCCUGGACUGGUGAACAAUCUGCAGGAGAAGGAUAAGUUGCUCCCGACAACGACACCUAUCAGCGAACCAGAGACACGUCCCACACGCCGCCCUGUGCUGCGCACUCGCAAGCCAGUCACAUCCAAGGUUACAUCUUCUGUGUCGUAUUCGGAGUCGGAGAGCAACACCAAGCAGCCCACACACCGCAUACGUCGUCCUUAUGGCACCAGGGUCAACUCCGCAGCGGCCACAGGCAGUGGAGACCAAGGCGAGGAGACUGUUACCACCACUCGUCGUCCAGGAACAGUACGUAAUCCUCUGUUGCGCAAUCCAAAUCGCAUACGUUACCAACCCACUACCGAGGAGCGUCAGUCACUGAAGGUGAAAACCAAGAAGCACAAGGGCAAAAAUGGCAAGCCCAGUGAAGAUCAGGAUUUGGACUAUCAACGCGAUGUACUUAAGCAGAACUAUCCCGUCUUCAAGGCAGCCUCACGGCGUCCAACCAGCCCCACAGCAAUUCCCAGCUCCUACGAUGUGGGCAAUACCGAGGGGCCAGCCUCGGAGACACAGCAAGUCUACACUGUGACUCCCAGUAACAGCAUCGACAAUACCGAUCAGAAUGUGUACCCAGCCAACCUAUUGGAACCUAUGCAGAUUGCCCAGCACUAUAAUGAGUUCUCCAAGGACAACUACGGACCGGGCUAUUUCCCAAAUCAAGAGGAUCUUAACCCCACUGAGGCAUUUGUGCGCAACGAAGUCAGUCCGAUCUUCACGACAUUAGCCACCACCACACCAUCAACCACAACGACCACUACAACAACUACAGUGAGAACAACCACAGAGGAGCCUGUCACAACAACCACACGUCGUUCUCCCUUCAUUCGCCGUAAUUAUCCACGAGUGCGCACCACAACUACAACCGAAGCACCAUUGACCACAACGACGCCCUCAGAAGAGCGACCUUCGAUUCGUUCUCGUCUUCCCCCACGUCGCGUGGUCAAGGUGCGUCAACGCCAGCGUCGACCAUCGCAUCCAGCUUCGUCAACAAGCGCACCCGAGGAGGAAUCGGAGCCCGUGACCCAAAAGCAGAAUCUGCGUAAACUAAGUCGUUACAACCAGGAACAGCCCGAAAAGGAGCAAACCCCACGACGCCGCUAUAAGCAACCCUUCCAGCUGGAGGGCCAGGAAUCACAAUGGUCGCCAGCAUCGGAGACGGGCAACAGCAACGUCAACACCAAUAGUAACAGCUUUAAACCACUCAAUCCCAAAUAUUCAUCAAAGAGCGAGUCUCACAACUUUGAAAAUGAACCGGAAAUUGUUACGGCUGGUCCGACGAAUCAACCGGAAACCUACGAGUUCAACGUAGCUGCUAAUCUCGGUGGAUCGUCUGGACAGCGGACAACGCCCGCCAUUAAGGCACCCAACCUAAAACCUGAAAAAUCCUUUGCGGAAUUGUUGGAGGAGGUAAUGGGCAAGGCGCCCGAAGAACUCGCCACAGAAAUGCCCACGAGCAGCACCAUCAGCCGUCUUAAUAGGCGUGGUAAAUGGAAGAAGACUCGCCUCUCAGCUGGCGCCGACAACAAUGAGAACUUUGAAACAGCCGAGUCACAGAAUCUCGGACCCCAGCUCAUCAAUUCCCUAUACUCUGCUAGCGAGAAGUCUGAGGAGGCUCAGAAGACCACAACACCACUGACGCCAACGUCAACAACCGAAGUACAGACAACUGAGGCAAUAAGUACCACAACAGCAGCUUUGACCACUCCCGAGGAAUACGAGGUGACCACCGCCACGACACCAGAUGUCACCACAGUUGCCACAACGCUGGCCAUGAACGAGGACAGCGCGACACGUCGCAUGGACACGGCAGCUGAUGUGGAUGAUCUUGACACACAACCAAGUAUCUUCUCGGAGGUACGACAGCAGCUGCACGAUCUCUUUGCUAUCGAUGAGAGCGAGGAUGAGGCGGUAACAGCUGCUCUGGCCGCGGUUGGCAAGCGGCGACAGGAAUAUACAAGUAUCAAGCGCACUAAGGCGCCAUCGACGCCUGCAGAGAGCUCCACGGAAGGUCUGAGCGAGGGGCAGGCAGCGACAACGACGGCCACACCCACAGACGGCAAGGAUAAGGAUAAUUUCCACAAGGAUCUAAUGGAGCAUGUGGUCUAUGCGACGUCCACAUCCACGAAAGUCACCUCCGAGACAGAGAUUUGCUACCGCGGACGUUGUAUACGUUCCGAGGAUCUGCCCGCCAAUCACAAGCUGCACUGAGCUCCAGGCGGAGCAAUCGCCACAGUCCCCCUCCAUGUAAAUACAUAAGUGCAACGAUACAUCAGUUGGGGGUAGUAAGAAAUGAGCGCGUCCUGUGCAACGUAAGCAGCAGGAAUCUUCUCGCCAGCCCCCUUAAGUAUCCGGUUGUAAUUACUUAGCUUUAAAUACAAAUAUUUUCUAAGGAGUAAGAGAACUUAGCGAGAGAUAACAGAGCAGCAGAAAGAGAAAAUUAUACAAAUACAAAUACAACAUAUAAUAUAAUACUUAAAUAUCGUAUUGAAUAUUCGAAUCUUUCGAAAUUAUAGUAAAUAUAUUAGAUAAAAUAGUAAACAGCAUAGUUUAGCAUUAAAUUAAUAAAUAAUACCGCAUAGUAAGCCUAAGAUUUGUACAAUAUAACAACGACAACUAACAAAUAAAUAAAGAAUCGAAAUCGUUA